CCCUCGUUCUCCAUCACGUUCACGAUCAUCAUUUCGUCGCCGUCGCGUAUCACAGUACCGAUCCCCCACUCGACCGCGUACCGACUUUCCUCACUCAAAUCGCUCGCGACGAUGUAUCGCUUUCCCCUGCGCGUCUCCAGCGCGACAUCGGGGUUUCCCUGGGUGACGGUGAUUGUGCAGCGAUCGCGCUGGAAGAUUGGGCGAGAGGUCUGCAACGGAAGAGGCUCGUGGUGUCUAGUCGACUUGCGUCGGCGGGGAUUCCGCUUUCCCGCUCCCGAAGAAGACCCAGAAUUGAGUGUACUCGGGAAGUAAGGCUCGGGGGGAAGGAUUACGUUCACGCCCUCGCCAAGCGGAUCGGCAUAGAUGUCCUGCUCUUCGGGUACAGCGGGAGUUACAAUAGAGUUGUGCUCGGUGUUGCGCUCUGUGACGGGAUCGAACCCGUUAUCGUCGUCUUCGCUCCAUUCAUCCUCAUCGUCGACUUCGCUUUCGUUGGCGGUCUCGUCUCCCGAGUCGUCUGCGUCGUCGGAGAAGGCGGUUCGUGGACGGACGGUCAGUGGUUCGUGCAGGUCCACAUCGGAGUGGGUUAGAGGAAGGGCUUGAGGAGUCGGCGACGGUUCGCGCUGCUGGCGAAACCGACGGAAUGUGAAUGGAGAUUGAGAACGAGCGCGCGACCGGCUGCGCGAAGGAUCCUCGGAGGACGGAGGAACAUGCGAUGAAGAGCGCGGCUGGCUCACAGCGCUCAGCGUGCUGCGACCACGCUCGGUGUCCACCGAAGUGUUGGUGGACGUCCUGCUCAGCGACAAACUCGAGCUCAGCCCUCCCAUCAUCGAGCUAAACGACAUUUUGCUAAAUGAGCCCUUGUUGUCGGAAGAAGCCUUCGGUUGGGCGGAGCUGGUGCGUUCGAGUGCAUUAAUGAUGAGCUGGGAAGCUUGAUUGUCGAGCUGUUUGAGAUCGGUGAGUGACUGUUGGGUGGAAGAGCGAGGACUCGGUCUGGGACGAGAACUGUAAGACAUGAGAGCUCACUUCAACAGCAUUCUUCUAUAUAAAGCAAAGAGGCACUCAGGGUCCGUAUAACAAAUCCAUAACGUUACCGAACGCACAUUUGUGUUUGACAUUAUCAGCUACUAUUCGACUGUGUGCAAAUGUCCUGAUAAUCAGUCACGUUCGGCAGGGAUGCUGGCGAUUGAGAAGGAUGUUGAGAUAACAGAGUAGAUGAUGUUGGGGAGUCAGAGAGAGGGAUUUGAGGUUCGAAAUUGGGCGCGGCCAAUUCACAGCCACCGCCAAGUCUAGAAUAUGUCUGACGCCAUCACGGUCUCGUUCAUGCAGCACCACUCACCAGGUCCGCUAUUACAAGGCAAUGCUGACCGCGACGCGCCGGAAUCGUCGUCACCGGAGGACCUGGUCGGCGGACCUUUUGCUGUUCUGGAAUCUGAUCCCGGGGUGUUCACCUCGCUGACGCGUCGGCUUGGGAUUCGCGGUCUCGAGCUCGUUGAGCUUUACGACAUAGAGCCAUGGGCGGUAGACCACCUGCGCCCACGCGGGCUGAUCUUCUGCUUUCUCUGGGGCAAAGAUGUGCAUCGCCCUGCUGACUUUGCUGACCCGUUGGCCACGAAAGUCUGGUUCGCCAAUCAACUGAGUGACGACGCUUGCGCCUCACUCGCAAUUCUCAAUGUCGCCUUGAACUGCCCGGAAGUGCAGCUUGAUGGGCAGCUGGAAUGGUUCCGGAGGGAUACCGAGACUAUGUCCCCUGUGAUGAAGGGAUUGGCCAUUUCGAGUUCAUCCUUCAUCCGAAGUGCCCAUACUGGUCUUGCACGUCCAUCAGAUAUCCGCGGGGCCCUGCACAAUCUUGCCAGCACAACGUUGGCCGCGGCGAAGAAGAAAGAACACGGGGAUCCCAAGACAAGCAAGGGGCGACCCGUGAAAACCGGAUCGCCGGUCAAGCCCAAGAAAGAAGUGGAGACCGAGGAAGUGUACCAUUUCAUAGGGUAUGUGCCCGCGUUUGGUAAAGUAUGGGAGCUGGACGGACUCAAGUCUGGUCCCCUCGAAGUUGGUGAAUUGCCUGAACCUGGGGAGGAGGGCACCGACUCGGGAACGUGGAUGGACGUCGUGCGACCAGCUCUUCGGAUGAAGAUGCAGAAAUACGGUGGGGCUGCCAGCGGCGCAAACAUCCGUUUCAGCCUUCUCGCUCUCGUAGACGGCCUAUACGAAAAAGCCAAUGACCAUCUCGAAUUCCUCAAACGAGAUCGUGUCGCUCUCGAGCGUCGGUUGACCAGCGAUCAGUCCGGUUGGCAAUCCGGCGUCGACACAGUCCUGUUACAGCAGGUCCAAUCUGUUUUCGAAUCUCCUGACGGCUCGGCUGAGCCCGGUCGUACUUUUGCCCUGGAUUUUGGCAGCCGACGGAUGACCCGAGACAUAGAAAUCAUGGAAAUGCCUGUCCGUGCGCUGCCAAGAGCUUGGGAGCAAUGUGUCAGCGAUGCCUUGUUAGCCAAGAUUGCACUCGAGGACGAGGUGCUGAAGACAAGGAGAGCUAAUACAGAGCAUGUUAAACGGACACAUGACUACGAGCCUUUCCUCAGGGAGUACGUCAGAGCUCUGCAGGGGCAAGAGCUAUUGGAUCUCCUGCUGGAUGGCGACACCGAGAGACACGUACCCAAACGCGCCAAAACAAAAGGUGGAUGAAAGCCGCGUGCCCACACCACACUAUCAAGGAUCCAAGUACUUGAAACAUCUGCGCAUAUUAAAGCACUCUAUGUCCUGUCUUGCCAAUGGAAUCAAGAUUUUGACACAAUGUGAUCAUUAUAGUUCGAUACCGUGCUUGACAGACAUCGCACAGUCCGACGCGCGAGGAGUCGAGGACGGACGUCGCGAAGGUAACGGGACGACUUGAUAUUGCAACUGACAUGUUGCCAGCGCUCGUCUCAGCUAGAGCGCCUGAUCAGCAGGACCUGGACAAUGAAUGACUCAUGACUUGAGCAUUGAGCGGCUGGCAUUAGGUUCAGAUUCAGAAUGAUCGAGUCCAAGGGAAUCAAGGAACACUUCCCGCCCCGAAUCUUGACAGAACUUCUCUCAGGACUUUCCCCACUGCUUCUGCACACUGCGGACCGACACUUCGGGGGGUGUUUAUUGCUGAUCACCGUGAAUGAUGGAAAAUUCAUUUCAUUAUAACCGAAGAACAGUUGGAUCGAAUAUAGAUAACAGGGCAAGUCACUGACCAAUGCUGUCCCUUGGACGCAGGUGGACGACACAUGGGGACGACAAGUCUCGAAGUGGCUAGACCGGAAAGACAGAAAGAUUGACGGGCGUCACGCAUGUACACCAACUGUGAUAGGUCGUCCUGGUAUAGAUUCGGAAUAUAUGUGGAUAUAUGACGAUGCUCGCUCCUAAUGGUAAUCGAGCGCCUGCGCCAAUGAGUAUAUUUUCGAACUAACUGUCGAGGCUCACGACUGGAGCUAUAAUCGGGGCGACGACCAAGGCAACUGCGCAAGACUGGCGGAUUUACAGGGGACACAACACAUCACCAAAAAGCAAAGAGAACUUUCAUUCUUAGAGCCUCACUCUCAGAUCCGCAAUGCCGGAGUGCUUCUUGCUGUGAGCCAUGCGUCGGUCCCUGGUGAGCCGGCGCCUAUCGUAAUAGAGCGGGAGGGCAUGACAGUGGAUAUCGGCAAACGUCCAGAGAAGAGACGGGUGAUUGAGCACAAUUACAUCGGCUACUCAGGGCGCGAGCCGUUCCACCUUCCAAUCCUCGCUUUCAAUGUCUGCCCGCGAGUAGACGAUGCGAUCAUGUAGGCGCGAAGGGCGGCCGGACCAGAAUUCAAUGGUCCUGCGCAUGCCUUCGUCAGUGAUAGGCAUACGCAAGGGCAAGCGACUCACGUGGGCACCACACGCCAUCCGCCCCAGAAUUCAGGGCACGGGAUCUCUGCAUCCGUGGUAUCUUCGGUCACGCCGAAUUUGGCUUUGACCUCCUCGACACGUCCCUCGAGUUCCCCCUCUCCUACGGGUUUACUUUGAGGACUCGCCCAAGCACCAAGCCGGCUGCCUAGGGGCCGCGAGUUGAAAUACUCGGCAUUCUCUCCCGACGGCAGCCGUUCCACUUUGCCCUGGACACGGACUGAACGAUGUAAGGGGUGCCAAUAGAAUACGAGGGCCGCGAAAGGGUGAUUAGAUAGGCAUUCGGAUUUUGCCGAUGUGUAGUUGGUGAAGAACACGAAUCCGCGCGGGUCUGCGCGCUUCAGGAGCACGAUGCGUGCAGAGGGGAUGCCAAGUCCAAUCGAGUCAGACCCCUGGGCGAUGGUGCAGAGAGUCAUGGCCUCGGGCUCAGGUACCUCUUUCGCUGCUUCGGCGAACCAUGCUCGGAACUGAUCCAAGGGUAAGGAAGGACGGAAGCCGGUGAGACGGGAGGCGCGGAGUACUGUGUGUGCGGAAGCACAUGGAUCGUCGAGGCAGUGGCAGAGAUGGUCGGGGUAGAUUGGUCCUGCUGUGGGGCAGGUAUGACGACGUCCAUUUUUGCUGGAGUGGUGGUAGCCGAUCUGGUUCGGUAGCGGCGGAUGAGGCAGGAGAUGCGCGCCACUGCACGAGUUUGAGACGAAA